AUGGCUCAAGCUGGCGCAGGCGGGUCGUACAACAACCCCUUGAAGAAAUUCAAGCUGGUCUUCCUCGGUGAGCAGAGCGUGGGCAAAACAUCUCUAAUCACCCGCUUCAUGUACGACUCGUUCGACAACAUGUACCAGGCCACCAUUGGCAUCGAUUUCUUGUCAAAGACCAUGUACCUCGAAGACCGAACCGUACGGUUACAACUCUGGGAUACAGCGGGACAAGAAAGAUUUAGGAGUCUGAUCCCCUCGUACAUCCGAGACUCGAGCGUGGCGGUAGUAGUAUACGACAUUUCCAACGCAAAAUCAUUCCAGAACACAAAGAAGUGGAUAGACGACGUUCGGGCAGAGCGUGGUAACGACGUCAUCAUUGUGCUAGUUGGCAACAAGACGGAUUUGAACGACAAGCGCGAGGUCACGACACAGCAGGGCGAGGACGAGGCCAAGAAGAACAACCUCAUGUUCGUCGAGACGAGUGCUAAGCUGGGCCACAACGUCAAGACCCUUUUCAGGAGGAUAGCACAAGCCCUGCCAGGAAUGGAGGGUACCGAUGGCGCUGCUCAGGCCGCUUCCCAGAUGAUCGAUGUCAAGACCAACGCCCAGUCCGCGCAACAAGAAGGCUGCGCUUGCUAA